CCCGCCCCGCACCAUGAGCGCGCGCCUGCCCCGGCUCCUGCUGCGCCAGCUCCGCCGGCCGCCGCCCCCCGCGCCCGCGGGCCGCCCCCCAGCGCCCCGGCGCGCCUGCAGCGGCCUCGGAGGAGGAGGAGGCGGCGGUGCCGGCGUGGGCAGCAGCAGCGGCGGCGGCAGCGGGGAGAGCCUGCUCGGGCAGCGGCGCCUGCAGGAUGCCCAGGCCUCGAGCAUCCGCGCCUCGGGCAGCGACAGCCAGGCGCCCCCGGCGCGGGACUCCCUGGUCCGGGAGGUCAUCCAAAACUCCAAAGAAGUCCUGAGUUUACUGCAGGAGAAGAACCCUGCCUUCAAGCCAGUUCUUGCUAUUAUCCAGGCCGGCGAUGAGAACUUAUUGCAGGAAAUCAACCAGAAAUUGGCCGAGGAGGCGGGUCUGGACAUCACUCACAUCUGCCUUCCCCCGGAUAGCAGCAAAGACGAGAUCAUAGAUGAAAUCUUGAAGAUCAAUGAAGACCCGCGGGUGCACGGCCUCGCCCUUCAGGUGUCUGAGGACGCAUUCACCAGCAAAGUCCUCAAUGCCUUGAAACCAGAAAAAGAUGUGGAUGGCGUUACGGAUAUAAACCUGGGCAAGCUGGUGCGAGGGGAUGCCCAGGAGUGCUUCGUUUCCCCUGUGGCCAGAGCUGUGCUCGAACUCCUGGAGAAGUCUGGUGUUGAUCUAGAAGGAAAGAAGGUGCUGGUGCUUGGAGCCCACGGGUCCUUGGAGGCGGCGCUGCAGUGUCUGUUCCAGCGACGAGGCUCCCUGACCAUGAGUGCGCCCUGGGACACCCCACAGCUACAGAGCAAGCUUCAAGAGGCUGACAUUGUGGUUUUGGGCUCGGCCAAGCCAGAAGAGGUUCCCCCGACAUGGAUACAACCAGGAACCAUUGUUCUGAACUGUUCUCAUGACUUCUUGUCAGGGAAGCUGGGCUGUGGCACUCCUGGGGUGAAUUUCAGUGGUCUCUUCGCCGAGGAUGACGUGAGUCUGCUCGCGGCCGCGCUGAGGAUCCAGAACAUGGUGAGCAGUGGUCGGCGGUGGCUCCGUGAGCAGCAACAUUCCCGCUGGCGGCUCCACUGCCUGAAGCUGCAGCCUCUGUCCCCCGUGCCCAGUGAUAUCGAGAUUUCCAGAGCACAGACCCCCAAAGCUGUGGAUGUCCUUGCCAAGGAAAUAGGAUUGCUAGCAGAUGAGAUCGAAAUCUACGGCAAGAGCAAAGCCAAAGUUCGUUUGUCCCUGCUGGAGAGGUUAAAGGAUCAAGCAGAUGGAAAAUAUGUCAUCGUUGCUGGGAUCACACCCACCCCGCUCGGAGAAGGGAAAAGCACGGUGACGGUGGGCCUGGUCCAGGCAUUGACCGCACACCUGAACAUCAACUCCUUCGCCUGCCUCAGGCAGCCUUCUCAGGGACCUACUUUCGGAGUUAAAGGAGGAGCUGCAGGGGGCGGAUACGCACAGGUCAUCCCCAUGGAAGAGUUCAACCUUCAUCUGACAGGGGACAUCCACGCCAUCACUGCUGCCAAUAAUCUGCUGGCUGCUGCUGUGGACGCGAGGAUUUUCCACGAAAACACUCAAACAGAUAAGGCUCUAUAUAGUCGACUGGUUCCUUCCGUGAAUGGUGUUCGAGAAUUUUCUGAAAUUCAACGUGCUCGGCUGAAAAAACUGGGAAUCAAUAAGACAGAUCCAGGCUCCCUGACAGAAGAGGAAAUACGGAGAUUCUCCCGCCUCGACAUCGACCCCGCCACCAUCACGUGGCAGAGAGUAUUGGAUACAAAUGACCGAUACCUACGAAAAAUGACCAUCGGGCAGGCAGACACGGAGAAGGGCUAUUCCCGGGAGGCCCAGUUUGACAUCGCAGUGGCCAGUGAGAUCAUGGCUGUACUGGCCUUGACCGACAGCCUCACGGACAUGAAGAAGCGGCUGGGCAGAAUGGUUGUGGCCAGUGACCGGAAUGGACAGCCCGUGACAGCCGAGGAUUUGGGAGUCACUGGUGCUUUGACUGUUUUGAUGAAAGACGCAAUAAAACCAAACCUGAUGCAGACUCUGGAAGGGACACCCGUAUUUGUGCACGCGGGUCCCUUCGCCAACAUCGCCCACGGCAACUCUUCUGUGUUGGCUGACAAAAUCGCCCUGAAGCUUGUUGGUGAAGAAGGAUUUGUAGUCACGGAAGCAGGCUUCGGCGCGGAUAUCGGAAUGGAGAAGUUCUUCAACAUCAAGUGCCGCGCGUCGGGCCUGGUCCCCAACGUGGUGGUGCUGGUGGCCACGGUGCGAGCUCUGAAGAUGCACGGAGGCGGCCCGAGUGUCUCUGCCGGUGUUCCUCUUAAGAAAGAGUACACGGAAGAGAACAUUCCGCUGGUGGCGGCUGGCUGCUGUAACCUCCAGAAGCAAAUCCAAAUAGCCCAGCUCUUCGGGGUUCCUGUUGUCGUGGCUCUGAAUGUCUUCAAAACCGACACCCGUGGCGAGAUUGACCUGGUGUGUGAACUGGCCAAGCGGGCCGGCGCCUUCGACGCGGUGCCCUGCUACCACUGGUCCAUGGGCGGGAAGGGCUCAGUGGACCUGGCGUGGGCCGUGCGAGGAGCUGCGAAUAAAGGAAGUCGUUUUCAGUUCCUGUACGAUGUGGAGCUGCCAAUCGUGGAGAAGAUAAGAACCAUUGCCCAGACCGUCUACGGGGCCAGGGAUAUCGAAAUCUCUCCAGAGGCGCAGACCAAAAUCGAUCGCUACACGCAGCAGGGCUUUGGCAAUUUGCCCAUCUGCAUGGCAAAGACCCACCUGUCUCUGUCGCACCAGCCCGACAAGAAGGGCGUGCCCAGGGAUUUCAUCCUGCCCAUCAGCGACGUUCGUGCCAGCAUUGGGGCCGGGUUCAUCUACCCGUUGGUGGGAACGAUGAGCACCAUGCCCGGGCUACCCACCCGGCCCUGCUUCUAUGACAUCGAUCUGGACCCAGACACGGAGCAGAUCACAGGCUUGUUCUGAAGCAUCACGGUGCCCACGGACCACUUCCGGCUCCCAAAAUCACAAACUCACGCCUUGCCUUUUUACUGCAUUUGGAGGAGAAGAUGAAGUUGAAAUACACUGGUUACAAAACCCAGGGAAAAGGUGAAAUGACCCAAGAUUGAUUCUUCUUUCAAGAGAAUACUGUUUGCAACAGAGUAUUUCUCUACUUCAGAAACGGACCUCCACCAAGUUUGAAAGAAAAGAA